GUUCUCCACGUCGUAAGGAUAGAUUGUGUUCCAUGGGUGGAACCGCGGCAAGAGCCGCGACCAAUAGUGCGACGCUACGCACGAGAACCUCGUGAUUUUUCGAAAGCGCGCCCGGCGCAGCCGUUCCUCGGCCGCGCCGAGCACUCGGUCGCGCGCGCGACGCCGAGCUCCCAGUGUGUUUUUACUCGGGGUUGAGUAAACUCCGGCCUGUUGUGUAUCAUAAUACGCGUGCACGCGGGUUUACGGGGUUAGCGUGCGUCGCGCGACCGACUCGCACCGAUCACUGAAUGCACCUUCUUCUUCGCCUCCUGCGCCUUGGCCGCAUCCGUGCCUCGCAUCCGCGUCUUCCGCGUCUGCGUUAGUCCGCGAAGACUAUCCUAACCGAAGUAUCCCUGGGAUACGGUCAACAAAAUACGUCGGAGCGGCAGGUACGCGCGCGCGCGCUCGCUCGCUCGCUCGCUCGCGAGGUGCGCCGAUGAGAGAGAGACGACGCGGUGUUUUUCGGAGGACCAACCGGGUGUGAUCGCAGAGAGGAUCUCGAUCGAUUCGAAUAUCCUGGAUCCCGUGAACUCUCGUGGCGAUGCAGUGACGAGUGCGCGUGCUCCGAGUGUUGCGAGUGUAACGUGUGACUCUUACCUUGGUUGAUUCGCUCGAAUUCAUCGAAAAGUCCGAUUGACUGAAAGUAAGCAGGCCUGUUUUGAGUGUCGGAAAAAUUCAGCACCAUCCUUUAUCAAUCGCAUGAAAAAGGAAAACAAGGUCCAAAGUGUGCGUUCCCCGAAAUAUCGUUCGAGACUACUGCAUUCCCUGCCAGAAGUCGCCCUUCCAAUGUGUCGUUGAUUCGUUCCUUCGACUCUGCUCCACGUGAAGGUAUACCCCGCCUCCCCCGCUCGAGUGGUCACCACGAUCGAAGAGACAAAGAUGCAUACGCUCUUCGGCGAGCAGAACGCCUAUUAUCGGCACCCGACGGCGGUGCCGGUAGGCAUGGGUACGCCGUCGUACCCCGCCGUGGGUGCCGCGCCCGGCUACUACGAUCAGUACCGCUACGGUGGCUACGCGACGGCUGCGGGUUACCCAGUGUCGGGUAUCGGACAACAGCACAUCCAUCAUGCCGGCAAGGACAUGGUGAAGCCACCGUAUUCUUACAUCGCGCUGAUCGCCAUGGCGAUUCAGAACGCACCCGACAAGAAAAUCACGCUCAACGGCAUCUAUCAGUUCAUUAUGGAGCGCUUUCCGUAUUAUCGCGAGAACAAGCAAGGCUGGCAGAAUUCCAUCCGACACAAUCUUAGCCUGAAUGAGUGCUUCGUCAAGGUGCCGCGCGACGACAAGAAACCCGGCAAGGGUAGCUACUGGUCCCUCGACCCUGACAGCUACAACAUGUUCGACAACGGCUCGUAUCUGAGACGACGACGGCGCUUCAAGAAGAAGGACGCGUUGAAAGAGAAGGAGGAGGCGCUGAAGCGACAAGGUCUCGUGGGUGAGAAACGCGGGCAAGAGCAGGAACACGGUAAGACCGGCGGCGGCGGCGGCGGCGGCGGCCAAGUGACGCUGCCGCCGCCGCCGUCGGACACUCCGACGGCGAAGAAGCAGCUCGAGACGACUCUGUGCAAGCCGAAACGAGAGCCGGUCAACGAUCACACCGGCGGCAAUCACUGUAUGGCGGUGCAAGCCAAAUACGGCUUGCACAGUCCGAUACAACCCGAGAGCAAGGGUGCGAGCGCAACCACGGCCGUCGCGGCGCCAGGUCAGAGCGUCAUUCAAACGGUCUUGGGUCAUCAGGCGCAUCAGGUGCAUCAAGAGCCUAUACAGGAUGUAUCGAUGGGCCUGGACCCGGCCAGCUUCAGUGUCGACGCCCUCAUGACCACGCGGGAGAAUACCGGCGGCCUGAUGACUCGCGACAAUCAGCAUCAUUCUCACGCGCACCCGCACAGUCUUCAACAUCCGCACGCUCACUCCAUCAUGAGCGGCAGCAGCAGGGAAUCGAUGACCAGCUCCGGUAGCAGGGACCUGUCAUCCGUGUGCACCACCACGACCACGACGACAGCCGCAGUCGCUGCGAUGAUGGCCACCACGGGCUAUGGCCACUCCAGCACCGUUUCCAGGGGCAACGCUUCGCCACCCGGCACUAUGUAUACGCCGUAUUGCGCCCCGACGGCCGGAUAUAUCAUGGACCAUGCCGAGUAUAACUCGAGGAACCACAACAACGCGGUCGGCCACUCGCAGUGGUACCAAGACGCCGCUAGCCCCGACACAGCCAUCUACCAGGACACUCAGUCGCCGAGCUGCCAACUCUAUAGAUCCAGUCCGCCGACACCGCUUUCGACAGGCGCGGCACCGUCUCCGCCGCUCUACCAUAGAUACUACCAAGACUGCAACGCCGUCAACACCAGUGGCAAUCUACCAAUCACGUUGCACAAAUACUGAGAAUAUCGAAAUUCAAGGUCCCAUCAGCGGGACCUUGAAGAACCCCACGGCGAUCACUACGAUCCAAACUUGGUUUACGUGAAGCAGGAGUGGAUCCCUUCGACGGACGAGCUCGCCAAGGAGUGGAACUAAAAGUGUCACAGAGUAGAUGGUAACGCGACAUAAUACACCACUCUUGAACUCGCCUUGCGGAAAAUCGUUUCGGUAGAACAUUUAGUUAGUCGUUGAGAACGCAAUAGUUGCAUAAGAAGCGACGGUACGAAGGGUACAACUAUCGAGAUUUCCUGGCAAGGUACGUCGGAAUUCAUUUGCAAUAUCGUUUCCCUCCUCAUUAGGGGAGACUUGCAACGACACGCGUAACAUCUUUAUCUAAUUUGUACAUAUUUAAGCCAAAUUCGCCAAAUGGUGGUUGUUUUUGUGAUUGUUAGUGAGACUGCAAAGAAUGGUGGUAGUGUCGAGGGUGGUAAUGUACACUUGGUUACUGAACGGUUUAUAUAUGUUUUUCCGAAUCAAAUUGCUGACACUCCUGGUGCUCCUGUCACCGUUGAGACACUGCUGUGGAAGUCGGUUGUAACAGGAGGCCAAGUGACGGUACACACGAUAUAAGAGAUUGGUCCUUUAUUAUAUAUUUUAUCUAAUAGAUAAAAAUAUAAUAAAGGUACUUGCGUUUUUCCUGAAUCUUCUGUUGCAUUUGUGGGAUAUCUCAUAUAUUGUCACUUUGGUUCUGUCAUACAAACGCUAGCGGUAUAAUCUCGAGAUUGUGACAACCUGGAACGUUAUGACAUCAAUGGAAAAAAUGUAUAUAAACCGUUCAGUAACUGCGUGUUUGCAGAUUCAAAGGUCUCGGGUGGAGAUGGUCAUAGAUUCAAUAAUGCAAACAUCAUAAGACAGGAUCGGGGAAAUCGUUUCUAUCGUGAAAAUAAUGAGAGCAGCGCGUAGGAUAUAGGACGUGAAUUUGAAUCGACAAAUUUCCUUCUCCACGAAAGAAAAGUAGAGAGAAAGAGAGAGAGAGAGAGAGAGAGAGAGAGAGAGAGAGAGAGAGAGAGAG